AUGCUGGAAACCUACCGAUGGUUGCUGUACGUGACGCGUUUCUACGGCUGCCAUCCGCACACGAUUCGGGAGCGAUCGGUGCGUUUCCGUCCACUGAUGCUCUACUCGUUGAUCGCGUGCGGCGUGUAUUGCUUGGCGUCGUAUCACGCGGCCGGUGUAGUACAGUGCGCUUCCACCGGCGCGAUGAUAGUCGGCUGCGCGUUGCAACAGAUCAAUCGUUAUACUCGCGGCUCGUACAUGAUUGCGACGACGCUGCUGUCGUGCUUACGGCACCUGGAAUUCGAGCGCGGCGUCGCCGCCGCGCGUAAAUUCGACGAUCUGACGCGGCACCGCAAGCCCGCGCACCGUCGCGCGCAGUGGCUGGCGUUGCUCGGGGUCCACGUCGCUUGGACUCUGUUCGCCGCAUAUAUGCAGUACGCCGUGGACGAUAAGAUCCUGUGGCGCACGACCACGAUACAGUGCGUGACACGCGCCGCCUUUUCCACGCAGGUCGCCAAAUUCUGUUUCCUAUUCGACGCGUUGCGUCGUAGAUUUCGUCUCGUCAAUGACAUGUGUCAAGGAUCGCCCGGGGUGGUCGUCGGCGAGCAUCUCACGAUCUUGCAUCUUCAGCGAUUGCACCAGUGUCUCACAGACGCGACCAAGUAUCUCAGCUCUCAUUAUAGCCCGCAGUUGUUCUGUUGGUUGACGUUCAUGAUAAUAGACAUCCUGACGUACAUUUUCUUCAGUAUUUACACGGCGAGCAACCCAAAGAUUGUUAUUCUUCAAUGUGUUCUAAUCUUGUUCAUAUCGAUUCAAAUGAUCGUUAUAGGUGGCGUCUGUCAUUUGACGUGCGUUCAGGAAGCGAUCGAACUGGGAGUUUACCUUCGAGUGCAUCCGUUGCGCAUCCGAGUAUUUGACCUGUUUAACGUGAACAAUCAUUUUACAUUUUUGGUGUUUGCUGUUACACUGAUGUACGUGAUUCUGGCUUCAUCCAUUCACUGA